ACUAUAAUGAGAUGCAUUGUACGAUAAGACAAGAAAAGGAGUAACGAGAGAACCUUUUUGUCAUCGGAGUCCUUUGCGAAGGAUCAUGGUUUAUCGUAAGCUUUGGCUAGAUUGAUAUUCACCAUUUAUCGGACUCGUCUUCUCGUUUGUGGCCCCGCAUUAAGUGCGCAUUACUUUGAGAAGAAAAGCGACAUCAUUCGUGAUGUGGCGCCCUAUGAGUAAAAAAAACAACAAAUCUGAAAUCAGGUUUCCCAUUAGCCACUAGAAAAUUAAUCCGACGAUUCACUUUUGUACUUGGUGACUGUAUAUUUAAUAAACCAUGUUUGGUAGAUUGAUAUGGGCUCGAAGUCAGGCCCAGUUGGAAUAUUAAGGUGGCCCAAAUCAAUAGCCUCUUUCUUUUUCCCGGUAAACUGAUGGCCCUUUCCCUCUCAGUUCAACCUUCCCCUUCUGCUUAAACCCUAGACCUCGACGACGAAAGGAAACCAACCCGACUGACAAAUUUCAAAGGAAUUCAGUAUGUCGAAAAGCGAAGAUUACGAUUCAGACGCACCGGAGGAGUUCACCGCCGAGCAGGGGAUUGAAUUAGAUGCGGAGAUAAGGAAGAUUCAGAAGGAAAAUAAGUCGAGGAUUGCGCGUGAGGGUAAAGCACUAAGGAGGAAAUGGGCAGAGCGGAAAACGCCACGACCAUCCAAAAAGGGAGAUGAAGGUGUCCAAGAUACAGUUGAAACCGAAGAUGGAGAUGAAGAAGAUGGGUCUCUGACUGCUAAAGGGAUGCUCCCUAGUGACAUUGUUCAACAACUUGCUGCUCGGGAGAAGAAAGUGUUCUUUACAGAAUCUGAUGAUGAAGACACUGGCGCAAAUUCAAAGCUUCCUCCAAGGAAGAAGAAGGCAAGAGGCUCAGGGCCGCAGACUGUUAUUCUGAAUGAGAUAUCCCCACCUCCAUGUUUACAGAACUCUUUAGAGUUUCUGAAGAAGAACAAGAUGCGACUGUCGAGGUCAUCAGCUGUUCUUAACAACUCCAGCCAAGCUCUUCGCUUUAUCUCUACUUCUUGCUUGUUAAGUAAGAAGUGAGAAAAAAAGUUGCGGCUUCAGCUUCUCCUCCAACGGUCCAUUCCCCCCAGCCAACUGUGAGUUGAAGGGGCAAUACAUUCAACCAUCUGGUUUCUGGGAAGUGCUGUAUCAGACCAAGUUCUUAUACCUUCUUGGACGCCUGUUGCACCCCCAGCCAUUUCGACCAGGAUGCAACUUGUUUUUGCUAAGGCAAAUAGGCAAUCAAUCUACUAUGUGUAGUCCAUGAAUUAGUGAAGAAGUGUCGGGAUCCUGUUGGCUA